AUGGGAGUGGAGCGAAUCUUUGCCCUUGAUAAUUUAACCCCAGAAGAUCACAUCAAAACCAGAGGGAGGCAUGAGGAGGUGCUGAAUUUUUUCUGUGAAAUUAUCAAAGAUAUAGAAUUUCGCUUGGAGAGAAUGGGGGAUCCAGAGAAAAAGAGACAAGAAAGGAAGAAAAAGGUGCUCAAGUUCAUUUAUGACAGGGACAUGAAGAUGAAAGAUCGGGAGCUGGAAAUGCAGCAAAUGCUAGAAAAGAAGCUGCAGAAAGAUAAGGAACGAUUGUUUGGAAAUCUGGCCGAAAAAUAUACUGAAGCUAUUAACAAUGGGCAAGUCCCUUGUAUGGAGAAUGCAGUCCUUUACCUUUCUGAGAAUGAAAACAAGGCUGCAGUUGAGAAGGCCUCGGAAUACUAUGAAACUGAGAUGGCCAAGAGAGUGGUGUUUCCUACAGAGACGAUGGACCAGUUCAUGGAUCUUAACAAAGAAUGUGAGGAAAAGGCAGUUGAUAUCUUCAUAACAAGAUCUUUCAAAGACAAAGACCAUCACUUCCAGAAAGAGCUAAUGGGGAGGAUACAGAAGAAAAAGAAUGAAUUUCUGAAGAAAAAUGAAGAUGCUUCUGUUGCUCAUUGUGAUGAUCUGCUUGCAAAGUUAUCAGAAGACCUAGACAAAGCUCUCACUGCUGGGUCGUACGUUGUUCCCAGCGGCUAUCAACUAUUUAAGCAGGAGAUGGAUAAGAUUGUUGGAAAAUACAACGAGGAUACAAAGAAAGGCAUUAAGGGCGAUGAGGUUCUUCAGCGGUUUCUGAAGAAUAACGAGGUGACUGGAGACACGAUUUUGAAAAGUGACAAGGCCCUUGAUGAAAAUGAGAGGAUUAAAGAAGCUGAAAAGGCAAAGGCUGAAAGCUUAAUGAUGGAGCAAAAAGUAUCUCAAGUGAAGGCAUCUCAGGAAGAGCAGAAGGUCGACAACCAAAUGAAAUCCUUUGAGAUGAACUUCCAGCGACUGUUGGAGAAACUUAAAGCUGAAAAAAUGAUGAUGAGGGAGCAAAUUGAACGGCUAGUGUCUGAGAAGAGGAGGGAAGAAGAACUCCUGACACGCCAAGGAUGUGCCCGGCAAGCCAAACUCUACGCGGCACAGAUCAGUGAUCUUGAGAAGGAGAAGGAGCAAGUGGAUCAGGAGACUGCGUGGUAUACGCCCAUAUGGGAGAGCUUGAAAAGUGUAGUAGUAGAUGUUACACCUUCCCUUUUCAACUUUGGUGCAGAGAUGGUGAAAAAGGCGAUUUCUAGUUUCCAAAACAAGGAGAAAGAAGAAAAGAAGAAUAACAAAGAGAAGGGCCCGCCCAAACCAAACAAGACCACCAAGUAA